AUGGGAAAUGCUCUGUGCUGGAGGUCCCAGCAGUGGGGCCCGGACGCUGGCUUCGUCCCCAUCCCAUAUUCCCUGCUCACGGCCAUGCCCUGAUUUCUGCAGGAGUUUGCAACGCUGACGCGGGAGCUCAGUGCGUGCCGGGAGCAGCUCCUGGAGAGGGAAGAGGAGAUCUCGGAGCUGAAAGCCGAGCGCAAUAAUACCCGGCUCUUGCUGGAGCACCUGGAGUGCCUGGUGUCGAGGCAUGAGCGGUCCCUGAGGAUGACCGUGGUCAAGCGUCAGGCCCAGUCGCCGUCCGGGGUUUCCAGUGAGGUUGAGGUGCUCAAGGCGCUCAAGUCACUCUUUGAGCAUCACAAGGCACUAGAUGAAAAGGUCAGGGAACGCUUGCGAGCAGCCUUAGAGCGAGUGGCAACCUUGGAGGAGCAGCUCGUGGAUGCCCAUCGGCAGGUGGCAGCUCUGCAGCAAGGCACCGCGCGGGAGGCCCCGGUGGGUGAGCGGGAUGAGAGGGAGCCCAAGGAGCCAGCGCAGAAGCUUCCCUGGAAGCGGCUCUCCAACGGCUCUGUCCACCCAGAGGAUGAGGCAGGGCGGGUGGUGGAGCUGCAAGAGCUCCUGGAGAAGCAGAAUUUCGAAGUGGUCCAGGCCAAGGAGCGCAUCUCUGCGUUGGCUGCCAGCGUCACCGAGCUGGAGGAGGAUCUGGGCACCGCCAGGAAGGAUCUGAUCAAAUCGGAGGAGAUGAGCAGCAAGUACCAGAGGGACCUCCGAGAGGCCCUGGCUCAGAAAGAGGACAUGGAGGAGAGGAUCACCACACUGGAAAAACGCUACCUGGCAGCCCAGCGAGAAGCCACCUCCAUCCAUGACCUCAAUGACAAGCUGGAAAGCGAGUUGGCCAACAAGGAGUCCCUGCACCGCCAGUGCGAGGAGAAAGCCCGGCACUUGCAGGAGCUGCUGGAGCUGGCGGAGCAGAAGCUGCAGCAGACAAUGCGGAAGGCAGAGACGCUGCCCGAGGUGGAAGCGGAGCUGGCCCAGCGCAUCGCCGCACUCACCAAGGCAAAAGAGAGGCAUGGGAGCAUCGAGGAGCACCUCCGGCAGCUGGAGAGUCAGCUGGAGGAGAAGAACCAGGAGCUGGCCAGGGCCCGCCAGCGGGAGAAGAUGAACGAGGAGCACAACAAGCGGCUCUCGGACACCGUGGACCGUCUGCUGAGCGAGUCCAAUGAACGGCUGCAGCUGCACCUCAAGGAAAGGAUGGCGGCCUUGGAGGAGAAGCGACGGUUGUCCGACGAGAUUGACAAACUGAGGCUGGAGGUCGAUCAGCUCAAGACCAGAAGUGGGACAUUCGUGGAGAGCGUGCACGCAAGGUCCCAUAUGGGCAGCGCCACAGACCUGCGCUUCCCACUGAGCGCUGUGGUCCAUGCCCCCGCCGAGCCCUUUGGGACUCGACCGCAGAAGGGCCGAUUCGCCCGGCGAGAGGAGUCAGCCAAGGACUGGGAGCAGGCCCAGGCAGGCGGCGUCCUGGCCACAGGGCCUCACGCCUUUGACAGCGACCCCGAGAUCUCCGAUGUGGACGAGGAUGACCGCGAGACACUCUUCAGCUCCAUGGACGUGCUGUCCCCCGGCGGGCAUUCGGAUGCCCAGACGUUGGCCAUGAUGCUCCAGGAGCAGCUGGAUGCCAUCAAUGAGGAGAUCAGGAUGAUCCAAGAGGAGAAGGAGUCAACCGAACUCCGCGCGGAGGAGCUGGAGACCCGCGUCACGAGCGGCAGCAUGGAGGGCCUCAAUCUCACCCAACUUUGCAAAAGGGCUUCCAUCCCCACCUCGCUGACGGCCCUGUCCCUGGCCAGCUCGUCCCCACCGCUCAGCGGCCGCUCCACCCCCAAGCUGUCCUCCCGCAGUGCCGCUCAGGACCUCGACCGCAUGGGGAUCAUGACGUUGCCCAGCGACUUGAGGAAGCACCGGAGGAAACUGCUAUCGCCUGCAGCUCGGGAUGAAAGCCGAGAGGAUAAAACCACCAUCAAAUGUGAGACGUCCCCCCCAUCCUCACCCAGGACGUUGCGGCUGGAGAAGCUGGGCCACCCUGCGCUAAGUCAGGAGGAUGGGAAGAGCUCGCUGGAGGAGCAGGCCAGCAACCCCAGCAGCAACAGCAGCCAGGACUCCCUGCACAAGGGCUCCAAGAGGAAGGGGAUCAAAUCCUCCAUCGGGCGCUUGUUCGGGAAAAAAGAGAAGGGUCGCUUGAUUCAGCUGAGCAGAGAAGGGGCCACAGGGCAGGUGCUGCUGACCGACAUGGAGGUGGGUAUGCAGGACCCUCUGGGACUUGGCAAGCUGGGUGCUCAGGCCGAGAAGGAUCGGCGCCUGCGGAAGAAGCACGAACUCCUGGAAGAGGCUCGGAGGAAAGGAUUGCCCUUUGCUCACUGGGAUGGCCCCACUGUUGUCUCCUGGCUGGAGCUCUGGGUGGGGAUGCCGGCCUGGUACGUUGCCGCUUGCCGAGCCAACGUGAAGAGCGGAGCCAUCAUGUCGGCCCUGUCUGACACUGAGAUCCAGAGGGAGAUCGGCAUCAGCAAUGCGCUGCAUCGCCUGAAGCUGCGUCUGGCCAUCCAGGAGAUGGUCUCGCUCACGAGCCCCUCGGCACCACCCACGUCACGGACGUCCUCCGGAAACGUCUGGGUCACCCAUGAGGAGAUGGAGAACAUGGCGACUUCCACCAAGACGGACACAGAGGAAGGCAGCUGGGCACAGACACUGGCCUAUGGGGACAUGAACCACGAGUGGAUUGGGAACGAGUGGCUGCCCAGCUUGGGUCUCCCACAGUAUCGCAGCUACUUCAUGGAGUGUCUUGUUGAUGCACGGAUGCUGGACCACCUCACCAAGAAAGAUCUCAGAGUGCACUUGAAGAUGGUGGACAGCUUCCACCGCACCAGCCUGCAGUAUGGCAUCAUGUGCCUGAAGAGGCUCAACUAUGACCGCAAAGAGCUCGAGAGGAGGCGAGAAGAGACCCAACACGAAAUCAAAGAUGUCUUGGUGUGGACCAACGACCAGGUCAUUCACUGGAUCCAGUCCAUCGGGCUUCGCGAGUACGCGAACAACCUCGUCGAGAGCGGGGUGCACGGGGCGCUCCUGGCCCUCGAUGAAAACUUCGACCACAACAGUCUGGCACUUGUGUUGCAAAUCCCCACACAGAACACGCAGGCUCGACAAGUGCUGGAGAGGGAGUUCAACAACCUGCUCGCCUUGGGCACCGAUCGGAGGCUGGAUGAUGGUGACGACAAGACCUUCCGUCGAACCCCAUCCUGGCGAAAGCGCUUCAGCCCACGAGACGUUCACAGCAUCAACAUGCUCAGUGGCUCGGCCGAGACGCUGCCCACCGGCUUCCGCGUCACCAGCCUGGUGCCCCUGCCCCCUCCAUCCGCCCCUGCCAAGAAAAUGCCCCCGGAAGUUGGUGCCUCUGGGUCGCCAAGGCUGGAGACCUCCACGGUCCGGACGUACUCCUGCUGA